UGCUCGUUUGCUGGGUCGCUCGGUGCUCCCGCUCGUGGCCGAAAAUGACACAUCGCGACGCGCGGGCGACGCGCGAUAACCACGCACGCAUCGAGCGGAGCGUCGCGGAGAAGUUGGGUGAGCGCGAGAAUAAGUGAUCGAGGAGGAUUGCGUGUUCUUCGGCCGGGCGAGCUGAUCGACGUGCCGGCGGACAAUGGCAAUCUCGAGCUGGGUGAUGUGGGGUAGAAGUCUGCGAACCGGCCGAUCUCACAGAAGCCGCCAGGACGCCGAAGACAACUGCGUGCAGCUCGACUUGUCUAGAGGACUAAAGGAGAACGUGAAGGAGGUCUUGAGCAAUCUCUGCCAGCGUCACAACGUUCCGAGCGUAAAGAAGUUAGCUUACCUGAACGCGAUCGUGAAGUUGAUCAGCGAAGCCGCCGACUCUCAAGAUUAUGGAUACUCCGCGGAGGAUCUGUUCUGCUGCCUACGCGUCGCGCUGGUGCACGAGGCGACGCAGGUGCGCGCCGCGGCGUUACGCGCGGUGCGCUACAUGCUGAAGAAGGAGCAGGACGUAAUCGCGAUCAACAGGCUGCAGUACCCGUACUUCUUGGCGCGCAGCAUGGACGUGAACCUGCGCAACGAGAUGGAGAGGAUGCAAGCGCUCCGACUGGUCAGGCGGAUCCUCGCGUUGGCCCCGAAGCACUUCAGCCCGAACCUCGCGAGGUCUCUCGUCAGUCUGACGAACAGCGGCAUAGAGGAGCGGGACCGAGCCUUCCGGGCGUUCCUGGCGACCCUCUGCGAGCUGGGCGUGCUCAACUCGAGCCUGCUGAUAAGCUGCGGCGGCGUCGGCGCCCUGGCCAGGGCCGCGAUGACCGGGCAGAGCGCCGUCGUCGUCGAGUCCAUCGUCGGGGUGUUGCUGAGGCUGCUGAACAACCCGGAGACGCGCGGCAGCGUCUCCCUGCUGUGCUUCGCCGCGCCCUACUGCGAGCUGCACUCCUCCAGCGUGGAGAGAACGAAGGAGGAGCGGGAGCAGAGAUUCGCCGCGAGCAAACUGGCGCUGCUGAGCAUCCUCCGCUCGUACCCGGGCGUGAUCCACUUCUGCCGGCCGGACAACGACUCCGGGCUGAAGGCGAUCGCCGACAUCCUGUACGUGGAGCAGCUGGAGGUGCGGGGCGCCGUGCUGGAGUUGCUGUACGAGCUGUUGGACCUGCCGCUGCCGACGUGGACCGACGAGCCGGACGUCGCGCUGGCCGCGGUGGACCCCGGCCGCGCCCGGGACUCGUGGAAGCUCUCCGAGGGCUUCGUCGCCGCCGAGGGCAAGUUCGUCCUGCCCUCCCUGUCGUCGCACUGCCCGAACAUCACCGAGAUCCACCUGGCGCUGCUGGUCUACGUCCUGCUGGAGUGCGGCCUGCACCGCGCCCUCGCGGAGACGAUCGUCUCCAGCGACACGUUCAUCUCGGUGCGCGCGGCGGUGCUACUGGGCGCGCUGCUGCAUCUCGCCCACUCCCUCCUGCCGUCCGAGGUCUGCGACCUGACGCCGCCGCUGCCGAACCUGCUGGAGCACGCGAGCGCCGGCAGGCACCAGGCGCUCGCCGCGGUGACGAUCCUCGAGCGGAUGCACGCGAUGAUGCGACGCCGGCCGGGUCCGGCGAGCCUCUUCCUCGACCGUAUCCUCCAGGGCGGCGCCUGGCUGAGGCCGACCCUGCCGAGGCGGCAGCGGCCGUCCGGCCGGCACUGGCUGCGAAUCGGCCGGGAGUCGCCGAUCACGCCGCUGCUGAAGGACGCCCAGGUCCUCGUCUCGAAGGACGCGCUCGCGUGGAACUGGCCGAUGAUACGCGCGAUCCUGCGCUCGCGCGAGGACGCGAGCCGCAUCAUCCACGACUCGGACCACCGGCUGUUCAUGAAGCGGCUGGUGCGCUACUUCAAGCCCUCGUGGAACGGCUACAGCAGGAUCGAGCUCGGGACGAGCGCGACGUUGGCGCGCGAGGCCACCCUGGCCGGCUGCGACCUGCUCAACUGCCUGUUGGAGCUGCACGAGGAGGGGGCGCGGCUGCUGAACGAGCUGAUCGGCGACGUGGCCGAGCAGAUCGCGAGGAUCCGCGCGGCCGAGUCCGCCCACGACUGCCUCUUCUCGCCGCGGCACAUGUCCACCACCUGUUGCCAGAAGUACUUCCUCUUCCUCGGCCAGCUCAGCCACUCGGCCAAGGGCACGGUGGUGCUGAAGAGCUUCAACCUCCUGGAGAAGCUGCAGGAGCUCGCGUUGCUCACCAAUCACGACUGCUACGUCAAGCUGAUCGUCUCCAGCCUGGACUACUCGCGGGAGGGCCCGAACCGGAAGGUCCUCGGCAGGAUCAUCACCGAGGCGACGUUGGCCAGCACGCGGCUCUACGCCGCGCAGUUCCUCCGGCUGAUACUGCGCGCCCGCAUGACGGACGCCGUGCGCUGGGCGAUGUCCUUGCUCGCCGAACGGCUCUCGGACGCCUCGACCGCGGUCGCGUUCACGGCACUGGACGCCCUCCACGAGGCCUGCGAGGAGAGCGAGUACCUGGAGGCGAUGUUGCAGCAGGCCGGAGACUGGGACAAGUGGCUGCGGCACCUCGGCGACAAGGGUUACCUGCUGAAGAUCCGCUUUUACUCGCUGCAGCAGGGCUUCGCCAGCCUGCCGGCGGAGGAGCUGGAACGCUGGAUCGGCCCCGGCAGCUUCGCCGAGCGCUACGUCGGCCUGGUGGAGAGCGAGAUACACGACGCGCUGACGCGCCGGCAGCGCGACGAGACCGGCAGCUACCAGAGGAGGAUAAGCAGCCUGCCGAUGGUGCCGCGCGACGUCUUCGCGCCGCCCCAUCUGAUCGGCCAGCUGGCCCAGCACGAGCCCGGUAUGCAGCUGCUGCUGCGCCGCAACGUCAUACAGCGUUUCGCACGGGUGCUCCAGCGAUUCAAGCUUGAGUUCGGCGGUGGCAGGCGUCCGGCCACGACGACCGCCGCCGCCGCCGCCGCCGAGGAGAGCAGCCUCGCGGCGACGGACGCGUCCAGCGGCGCGGACGAUGCCGCGGAGUUCAGCAGCCGCCUCGAGACGAUCCCCGAUUCCGAGAUGGUCAAGACCAGCGUGGACGACUCCCGGCACACCACACCGGAGCGCAGUUGGACGAUCGAGGCGCCGAGAGACGAGCAGCAGCAGCACGUCGGCCCCAACGGCGGCAUCCUCAAGGUCAAGUCCGCUCUGUGGGCGCUCGGCCACGCCGGCACGUCCGCCGCCGGCGUCGAGCAUCUCCAUCUCGUCCACCUGGGCGUCGUCGAGAUGAUCACCUCCAUGGCGGAGACCUGUCCGUAUUACUCGGUGCGCGCCACCGCGAUGUACGCCCUCAGCCUGAUCGGCACCACCCGCGCCGGCGCCGACGCAUUGGCCAACUUCGACUGGCCGUGCGUGAGGCAUCGCCGGGGGGACAACUGGCCGGUCGUGCCGCCCGCCACGAGGUACCCGAGCCCGGUGCCGGUGCAGCGACAUCACAGGAGCCUCAGUGACGGCAAGCCGGAGCUGCCCGAGCCGAUCGCGCGCCGCACCAGGAACCGAUCCGAGAGCGCGGCCACCGACCUCGAGGCGCGCCGUUACGUUCUUCCAGAGAGAGGCGAAACCCCGAGUCCCGUCUCGAGUAUACAAAGAUUAAGCCAACAAGACGCUGAAGGGUACGCGCGACUGCGUAGUUUACAACGUCACCGCAGGCCGAGUUACUCCCAAAGUAGUUUAGAGAUGUAUAGUUUGGACGGCCGGCUGUCGUUGCAAAGUCUCUCGGAGCUGGAUUCGUCCCGCAGCUGGAUCGCGGAGAACACGAUUCUCACACCGACACCACCUCCGCCGGAGGACGACAACGAGAAUCUCUUCUACAUGGGUAUCUGCCUGCCCAGGAGGCUGAUCAACGUCUUCCCCGAACCUCCUCAGCCGACGCAGCCGAACAUCUUCGAGGACAUUGUCCGGUCGGAGCUGGAGACGACGGAGAUCGACGAGGAGUCCAGUUCGGAUUACGACGCGGACACCGAGCACUGUCGCGCGUGUCUCGUCUGUUAUCACAGCAAGAGCAGGGACGCCGCCACGGAGCAGGACGUGAAGCUACGGAGGGAGAUACUUAGGCACACCCAACGGCUCGCAAACCCCGUGUGGUACCGUCAUAGUCGUCAAACGUUACUUAGACUGAGACAACGUUAUCCGGAGAAAUUUCAGGACACCUGCUUAUUUUCGGAUGUAGCCGCGCGAUUGGGCAGCGGUACAUACAGAAUGCCAGCCCGGCGAUUUCUGCAGGAAUUAUUUCUAGACUCUCCAUUCGAGGCGCUUUACGUGGAACCAGUGAACAUCCUGAAGAUACCGAUCGGCACCGAGGAGAAUCCACCGCAGUCGUCGUCCGUUCCUGUUGCGUCCGAAGUCAGUCCGCACCAGCCGGUCGGUAGUCUUACUGAGGGUAAGAUCAACGGAAGGCUCACUCUGACGGAGAUGCAAACGGUGCAAUUGGCGUCGGUGGCUGAGGAAGGCUCCUCGGCCAGCGUGGAGUCGUGUUCGGAGGGGAUGCAUCGAUGUAAGAAGUCGACGACGGCGAUAGCGACGGCGUCUGAUCGGCGCAGCGACGAGAAGAUCAUAGCCGAGAUCCUGAAGCCGGAGGAACGGAUACGUUUGUCCAAGAGUUCCGAUAGAUCGUUAAAAGUAUCAGGUACAAACACUGCCAUUAGCCUUGAUUCGUAGUUUUCGACUGUUAAUCGCUACUGUAAAUAUUUUGUAUCGAAGAGACCGAUGAUAUAAGAAUAAAAUACACUGCCGA